GCACGCGUCUAAAGAAAGUACCGGAACACGACUUUCUAGCUCGAAUGUUAUUCCAUUUUCAAAUUUAAAUCGAGAACGUUUUUUAACGAGAAACGGUUCUUUUUAAAUAGUGAAUGAAAGUUUUCUAAAUUUGAUAGAAUCUGUGCAUGUGAGUGUUUAACUUCCGCAUAGCUUCGCAAACAUGGAUUUCAGAAAUUUCGACACGUGGAGCACACUAUCACCUGCAUCAUGGGUCAAGAACAAUCACUCGCACAGGCCAGCGUUGCGCCAGUGAGGCACUAUCAAGAUAAUUACGCAAACAGAAUUCAUAGAGCAUCAUCCGUUGACCUACCAACCGACUACCAUAAAGACUACCGCAAGUUACGGAGAAGCACAGACAGUUACAAGAGCGACAAUUCAUCAACAGAAAGCAGCGGAUACAGAAGCGGUUCGAGUGCCUAUGAUCGGCGUUCAGACAGAUCAUCUAAAUCCAACUAUUACUGCAUACCACUGUAUAAAAACGAUCACUAUAAAGAAAUAAAUAAAGAACUCUACAGGCAAGUCAAGAUCCCGAAAGAUAAGCGCCAUAAGCUUCAACCUUUCCAUGAUAACGAAAUAAAAACCGAACGCAUCAAAAGUUACCUUAGCGAUACAGAAAAGGCUAAAGCGAAGCCGGCCCCAACGCCUAAGAAGGCGGGAAUACGAAAUUAUACACCUAAAAUUAUAUCUGCUGAGGAGGAGACGAAGAAAGUAGAUAGUUGGAUAUAA